AUGUUUGAACCUUUUUUUUUUUGUUUAUUCACCCACAUCAACAACAACUACUACAUGUUAAGAAGAUUCCCAUUUCGCCAUUUUCAAAGAUGCCAGUCAAGUUUGACAGUGUUGAACUUCAACAAUAAGGAAAUCACUGUUUCCAUUAAUGAAAAACCAGUCACUUUCAAUAAUGUAUUCUUGCGUGACUCGUCGAGAUCGCCUGAUUCUGUUGAUCCUAUUUCUAGUCAGAAAUUAUUCACUACUGCUGAAGGUGCAACAAAUUUGUCCAUUAAUGGUCCACCUUCAGUGGAAAAUUCAAAGGAACCUUCGUUGAAAGUACAAUGGAAUAAUGAUGGUAAAAUCAUCGAUUCGUCAUACCCAGUAUCAUUCUUGGAGAGAUACUCCACUCCGUCUGGUCGUAGAAUUGAGAAAUUCUUCGAUGAAGAUAGAAAAUUGUGGGAUAAAAAUGAACUCGAAUCUAAUUUACCAUCAUUACAAAUAGACUAUAAAGAUAUUUUGAAUAAAGAAGAAUCAUUUUUCCAAGCUUUGUAUAAUUUAAACAGAUACGGGUUGACUUUUGUCAACAAUAUCCCACAACCAGAAUUGACAAACAUGACUGAAGAAAACUCCUAUCAAUGGCCCGUGUUUCAAAUUGCUAGCAAGUUUGGAUACAUCAAGAAAACAUUCUAUGGUACAUUAUUUGAUGUGAAAAAUCAAAAGGAGAAAGCAGUUAAUAUUGCUUAUACCAACACAUUUUUACCUUUACAUAUGGAUUUAUUGUAUUAUGAAUCGCCUCCAGGUUUACAAUUACUACAUGCCAUUCAAAACUCAACAUUGGGUGGUGAAAAUAUCUUUUGUGAUUCUUUCCUUGCUGCAGAACAUGUUCGUCAAGUUGAUCCUGAUGCAUACACUGCAUUAACAAAGAUUCCAAUCACUUAUCAUUAUGAUAAUAAUAAUGAGUAUUAUUAUUAUAAACGUCCAUUGAUUAUUGAAGAUGCAGAAAUCGGUGCUGGUUUUCCUAAAAUUUCUGCUAUUAAUUAUGCUCCACCUUUCCAAGGACCUUUAGAACAUGGUAUUGAAAAAUCAGAUCCUAAUUAUUCAAUGUUUGAUGACUUCAUCCGUGGAAUGAAAUUGUUUGAGACUUAUAUUAAUGAGCCAGAAAAUCAUUUCGAAAUCAAAAUGAAGGAAGGUUCAUGUGUGAUUUUUGAAAAUAGACGUGCUUUACAUUCAAGAAAUGAAUUUUCUGACCUGAACAACGGUGAUAGAUGGUUAAUGGGCACCUAUGUCGAUGGUGACAGUUUUAGAUCAAAACUACGUGUUGGAUACAGAAAAUUCUUAAUCAAUAAAAAUUAA